UACUGACAAUACGGUACCGGUGCAAUGCAUUGUGGGACACAAAGGAAGAUGGAGGCUGCCGCUGGUAGCAUGUUCAAGCCUCAAUAACGUUUAUUUUAAAGUGUUACGACUCUGCAGAGGCUUCAGUUUAUGCUCCGUUGGUACAAUAACAAAGGGACUGAACUGGGGUACGGUUGCUAAUUGGCGUGGAAAGAGAAAACGUCGGACAUGUCUGUGCUGGGAGGUCUGCUGAGAGCUGGAGCGUCCUUCUGUCAGUCUGCCGGGACGCUGCUGCGCACAGCCAGGACCAUUUCUACCGGUACAUGCUGCCAGAUCAGGAUGCAUGCCAUCCCUCAACUGAAGAAGGUGGACAGGUGGACUGAGAAGAGGAGCAUGUUUGGAGUUUAUGAUAACAUAGGCAUAUUAGGAGAUUUUAAAGCUCAUCCCAAAGACCUUAUUGUGGCCCCCUGCUGGUUGAAGGGUUUCAGAGGUAAUGAACUGCAGCGUCUAAUUAGAAAGAAGAAAAUGGUGGGAGACAGAAUGAUGACUCUGGACAGACACAACUUGCAGAAGAGGAUCCGUUUCCUGUACAGACGCUUAAACCGCACUGGCAAACAUCGCUAAAAUGAAACAAACCAUAACGGCACAUACAUUGAACCAGCCAAUAAGGACUGUUGGAGUCUAGUGGUGUGAUUUCAUGCUGUCAAUGUGCUGUAUAUUUUCAUUUUCUAAGUUAUGUGCAUAAAAAGAGAACUGAUUUGUGUGUUUCAGAGUGGCAUACUUCCUA